UGACCGCCCCCUGCCCCCGCUUCUCGUCCCGCAAUUCGUCCUUGCUCGCGUCUUGCGACUUUCGUAUAAAAGAUUGUGUGUGCUAUUUGUUCAGAAUUUAAAUAUACACGUAAACUUUAUAAAUUUGUUUUAUGAGUAAAUAUCAGUAUUACUAAAGAUUAGUUGUAUAAGAUGCAAUCCGGAAGUGGCACUAAAAAUCCGCCGUGGGCUCGGUCAAAUGUUAAUACAAACAUCACCGGCAUGAAUCCGCAAAUAAUGGAUCCGAAUGCCAUGAUGUCACAACAAGGCAUGAUGCCAUUCCAACAAACUCAAGCUGUGUUUAAUCCAAGUAUGAUGCAAGCGCAGGGUGGAAUGGCGAUGUCCAUGGCGGGUCAAAUGCCGAUGAAUCAAAUGACUCAAGGUCAAAUGUACCCGGGUAAUGUUGUAGCAUACCCAACUCCACGUGCAAUGAAUCCAAACAUGUAUCAAAACAACACAAAUCAAACUCCACAAGGGAAUGAGCAACGCGUUUUUACCGGUACUGUUACGAAAACACACAAUGAUUUUGGAUUUGUUGAUCAUGAUGUUUUCUACCAAACUUCGGUUUGUGCUAAAGGAGUCAUACCAAAACUUAACGAUAGAGUUCUUGUGGAAGCAACAUAUAAUCCAAAUAUGCCUUUCAAAUGGAAUGCUACUCGCGUUCAGGUUCUUCCAAAAAAUGGCCCAAAUCAGAAAGGAAGUAAUGCAAAAUCUAAUGUUUAUAAUGCUGUACCACCUCCAAAGAAAUCUACUAGUUUGUCUCGACGUGAUGAUCGCCGUGACGAUCGCUCUUCAAGAAGAGAUGAUAGGAAACGCUCACGUACUAGAAGCCGAUCUCGAUCCCGCGAUCGUCGCGACAGCCGUAAUCGUCGUGAUUCACCUCCACGCAAACGUCCUGUUGUACAUCAACCUUCCCCUGUCAAGUACAUGGUGAGGGUGCCAAGGAUUCCAUUGGAUAUUCACAAAUUGGAUGUACCGGCAUUAUCUCAAAGGUACACAAAUCUUUAUGUACCAUCAGAUUUCUUCAAUGCCCAUGUUAAAUGGGGUGAAACGUUUCCACCACAGACACCAUUUUCUUUGAAUAACACAUGUCAAUAUCAUAUAAUGGACAAGGAUAUACCUAAUCCCAACACAAAUGAUUCUGUACUUGAGCCACCUGAUGCAGAUUAUAGAUUUUCAGCUAAGGUUAUGCUUAUUAGUAUGCCAACACUGGAGUCUCUUUACCAAAAAUGUGGACUAACAAAAAAUGAUGAUAAGGACAAACGCAGCAGUAAAACACCUCUACAUCCCACUAGACUUAUAAAAUUCCUUGUAGGGCAAAAGGGCAAAGGGGGUGAAAAUUUUGCUAUAGGUGGACCAUGGAGUCCUUCACUUGAUGGAGAAAAUCCCGAUAAAGAUCCUGGAGUCUUAGUCAAAACAGCCAUUCGAACUUGCAAAUCUCUUACUGGCAUAGAUUUAUCUCAUUGCACCCAAUGGUACCGAAUGGUGGAGUUUUACUACUGGCGCGAGAGCAGUGCCGGCAAAUCGAGACUCGAGUGUGUGGUGUUGUUCCUGCCCGACGUGUGGUCCGUGCAGCCGUCCUGCGUCGAGUGGACGACGCUCACAGAUCAUUAUAAGGCGGCCGGCGACGCCGCCGUCAGGGCGCUCGAAGGGGAAGAGAACGCGUCCGGCGACGCCGCCGCGGACGAGCAGCCCCCGCGACCCCCGCAGGCCCCGCUGACCCCGCUCGCCGCGCCGACCCCGCAGACCCCGCAGACCUCGCAGACCCCGCCUGCGGACGCCGCCGUCGACGCGGACAAAUCCCAAAUUGAAAAGAAGGAUCCCAAUGACAGUACGAUAACAAUUGACGAGAAUGAUGAUGAUGAUGAAGAUAAACCCGAACCUACGCAUUAUUCAAAGAUAGAUUUGAGAACAAUUAAAGUGGAUCAGCUAAGACAAGAAUUGAGGGCGCGCAACGUUAGCUGUAAAGGGUUACGAGCGCAAUUGGUAUCACGUCUUUCUAAACUUAUCAAAGCCGAAGAAGAAAAAGAUGUUAAGGGUGAGGAUGUAAUGGAAGUUGUUGAUGAUGAUGAACCAGAGAAGUCCUCUGAAAAUAUUGAAAUAAACGAAGACAACAAGGAAGAAAGUACAGUAGAAGAAACUCCUCAACCGGCCACUGAGGAGAAAAAAAUUAUUGAAAAAGAUGAAAAGAAAGAUGUCAAAGAUAAGGAGGAUAAAGAAGCUGUAAAGAAAGAUAAACCAAAAACUGAGAAGGAAAUUGAGGAAGAAAAAAAGAAGCUGGAGAAAGAGAAGCAGAUACUCAAAACUAAAUACGAAUUGCCCACCAUCUCGCAUAUUAUAGUGCACCCAUCUGCAUCUGCAAAAGGCGGCAAGUUCGGCUGUAGUGUUGCAACUUUAUCGCUUUUGCUUGACUACCGUGUCACAGAUAAUAAAGAACAUAGUUUCGAGCUCUUUGUAUUUGCUGAGCUCUUCAAUGAAAUGCUCAUGCGAGAUUUCGGUUUUUACAUCUACAAAACUCUGUACACUCUGCCCGAGAGAACGGAAGAGGUUAAAGAAAAAGUCGGGGAUAAAGCUGAAAAGAAAGACGAAAAAGAUAAGAACGAUAAAAAGGAGGACAAAAAAGACGAGAAAAAGGAAGACAAAAAGGACAAUGAUAAAGAUAAGAAAGACGAUAAGGAUAAGAAGGAUGAUAAAGAUAAAAAAGAUGACAGACGGGAACCGAGACGACGCGAUCGACGCGAAUCACACAGUGACGAUGACCGCAGCAAUUCACCAAAGCGCCGGAGCCGCGGGGUCGAGUUACCCCCAGAUCCAUAUCUAUUGCUCUCGCUCGUGUAUUUCGAUACGUCACGAGGUGGAACGAUCACUAAGAAGGACCUGCAGAACCUGUUCAUGAGCCUCGGCCUGCAAUUAUCUAGAUCUCAAAUAAGAGCCGUGCUUGAAAAAGUAUGUGUCAAGGAUAACUUCAGUUAUAAAACUCUGCUUCAACAAAUCAAAGAUUUGGCGUCAGGGUCUGUUGAAGCUAUGCAAGAUCUCCCUCUGGACACCACUAUUCUCUCUAAUGAAGUGCCUCCCCAUAUAGCAGAACUAGAAGCAGUAAUAGCGUCAGGAAACCGCAAUCUUCUUCCUGUAUUUGUACAAGACAAAGAAGAACAGGAAUCGUCUUUUGGCACCAAGGAUGUUAGUGAAACUGGCAUAGUGUCGUACAAGGGGCGCGUGGUGGACGUGGGCGCGCUGGUGGCGGGCGCGGCGCGCUGGCAGGCGGAGCGCGCGCGGCUGCGCGGCGCGCUCGAGGCGGCGCAGGCGCAGGCGCGGGCCGCGCGCGCCGCCGCCGCCUCCACGCAGCAGGCGGAGCGCGGCGCGCACGCGCAGCUGCACGACGCGGCCGCCAACCUCGCCGCGGCGCGCGCGCGCAUCGCCUCGCUCAUGGCUAGUUCAAAAAUAUUCCACUCAGCACUGAAGAGCAUAAAGACUAAAGUGGAUGCCGUUGUUAACAUUAAGUACGAAGAUGAUGACGUCGUAGAAGUUGUUAAUGGUCCUUCAAAGGAAGAAAAAGAUAAAAAAUCUGAAGCUGCAUCAGAUAGCGUUAAUAGUGCCGAGACCAUCGAGGGCAAGGAACACAAGGAAGAAGUGAAAUCAGACCAAAAAACGGAUGAUGAUAGUAAAGAAAAAGACAUUGUUAGUGCAGAAAAUAUGGAUAUUGAUGAUAAAGAAUGAGUUCUUAUGUUGAUCGUAAGCCUAGUUAUUUCUAUAACGGCUAACAUUGUGGAUAAUUUGUGAAAACUUCUUUAUUUUAAGAUUUUGGACAUUAUUAACUUUAGUGUAAUUUUUCAACACGUUCUUUUUUUCAUAAAUAUAACUUUUACUGUAUAUUUAUAUGAAGCAACUGAUAUAAUGUUUAUUCAAUAGAAAUAACUCACAAGUUGUAUGUUUGAUUGAUAAAACGUGUGGUGAAAUAUCGAAAAGUGAUUAGUGCUGUAAGACUAACCUUUUAAAACAAGUGCUCUUUAAUUUUGUUAUAUUGAGAUUGAUACUGACAUGUGUUAUGAUAUUGAUGGUCACAUAUUUUGUCCAUUUUGCAAAUAUUGUUAAGUAGUAUCUGCAUAUUUCUGAUGUGGUAAAAGAGGAACCGAAUUUCUUUAUGUGGGUAAUAUUUUAUUUUUAAAGUUGUUUCAAUGACAAUAAUCACUAGAUAUGUUUAUCAUUUAAUAAACAUAAUGAAAUUUCUGAAGAUUGUUACACAAGUCCAUUGUGUUUUACGAAAAGGCACGAUUUGUUUCCUUUUCUAUAAUAAUCAGUAUUCCUGUGUGACAUCCAUACCAGGACAUAAAUCUGGUUCAUAGGAGGUACCGAUUGAUUACAACACUAUUUAAUAGGUAUAUUUGUUUUAUUGUGUAAACAGUAAGCAUAUAUUAAUUUAAUUAUAACUUGUAAAUAAAUUACACGUAAGACGAUAGCAUUUAAUUACAUAUUAUAAUAUGAUGAAAAA